AUGAAGUCUCCAUAUUCGGGAUGGCUCUGCGAUGACUCAGUGACCAGUUCGCAGAUUCGGCUGGCUGCGAAACGUCCAUCCCACUUGACCGAAACUCAGGCCAUCCUGGACUAUUUCUAUAACAUGAUGUGGCUAUCCAAAGUCAAAGACAAUCUCAGGCUCUUAGCGAUCAUGGUAUCAUAUGGCUUCAAACGACAAUCGAAGGCCGUAACUCUGCUCACUAUACCCUGUUUUACAACUAGAAACCUGCAACUCGUCUCGAAAGCAUUCCUCGAUAACCAUGGUUUCUAUAUCUGGCCUGAACAUGCAGCUGCGCGCGGCCAUUUGGACCCACCUCAAAGCUCAGACUUAUCACAACUGAGUUUUGAUUUUUGGAAUAUGACCAGACGUCGUCCACAGCAUCAUUCUCAAGGUCCCAUCUACGCCACAGACGCGAGAAAUCCGGGAAAGGUGAAGAGAGAGGGCACAAAGAGGUAUCGUAAUGAGACGGAGGAGAUCCUAGAUGUACAAUUAUGGGAUGGAGCGAGCACCUCUAUUGCUGAGCAGCUGAGCCACUUCAAGAGGAUUGCUAAUUUUUCUUUACUGACAGACACUCCAAGCUUGGUGAGAUUAUACAGGAAUUUGAUUGGUGAGCUUCCCGACGAAGCAGAGCUCGAGCGACUUCGGGACCAAGUCAUCGGCGGUAUGUGGAGGUUGAAUGAAGACAUCCGUAACGCGGAAUUGCAAUCCUUCGGCAAAAAACCGAAAUGUUCGACGCUACGUUACAUGGAAUACUGUGUCAUUCUUUGGACAGCACAGCAUCCGAUGCUUGGAACCGUGGUAAUUAGUACGAGGAGUUGA